CACUACUUGCUGAAAAUGUACAAACAUCAAUUUCAAAAUUCUUUACUAAAAAAAAGUCACCAAUACUAUUGCAAAAUGGCUACAGAUAAUACACCUAUAGUUCUAAAACAAUCUCUUAAUGAUACUUUUUCAAAUAAAGUUUUUAAAAAGUUGUCUAAAGUAGUAGCUAUAAUAAUUAUAAUUGCACUUCUUAUCUACUACUAUUGGAAAUUUACAAGAAUCGUAUCCGAAAAUGAAGAUUCAAGAAUUAGUAUACUUCUAUACAUGACGUAUGUAACUUUAAAUAUAACACUCAUCAUAGUAUGUUUCUUCAAUAUUUUUAUGGGACAUGAUAUAUAUAAAAGUUUUACAAAAAACAUUGCAUACGUAGAUUUUCUAUCAAAAAAUCUAGAAUUGAGUUACAAAGACAGUAUAAUUACAUACAUCAAUUUCAAGACACUUUUACUCAUCAGCACAACAACAGCCAGUUACAUAAUACUUUAUUAUUUAGCAUUAAAUGAAAACGAUUUCCCAUCAGUUGAUUUUACUGAAAUGGUUUGUAUACCUAUAGUUUGGAUACUUAUACUUCAAAUAAAUGCUAAAUUAAAUCAAUUAUCAAAACGAUUCAACUAUAUAAAAAACAUACUAGAAGCAUAUAUGGAAAAAUCGAAGAGUGUUUAUUGGAUUCAAUGGUAUACAGUCAAACCAAAGGAGAUAACUGUAUUAAACCGUAUGCAUUUAUUCACAUACAUAUCAUUUACAGAAGUUUGUUCAUAUUACAACAUUCAACUAUUGGUAUUGGUACCUAGAGUCAUAUUUUUUAACGUAUUACCAGUUCAUUAUAAUAUAGUUACAGCACUCGUAGCUGAUGAACGUAAUGCAUCACAUAAAUGGUCUCAAAUGUUCACUUUAUCUGUAAUUAUUCUCACAAUAUGGCCAAUUAUUCAUCUGGUAAAAUGUACGAGUAAUACCUUUGAAAAAGGAGCACAAAUAACGCAAAUAAUACAUAAGUUGUUGGAUAAGGGACAAAAACAAGAUAUCGAAGAUGAAGUAAGAUAA